CCAGUGCCUCCUUUGCCACUCGUGGGCCGUGUUGGGCCCACAUGCAUUACGCCAGUGCCGACUCAAGGCCAGCUGUGCCAGCUUCAUGCCGAAUCCGGGCCAAAUGCCUUUACUGACUGGGUAUGAUCCAAAAGUCAUUCCAUUUUUUCCCACCCAGCCCACAAGGAGAAGCAGAUGGACUGCCACAGCUGUUGCGCUUCAGCGGAAAGUCCUCACAGACACUCCGUCGUGUCGCGAGUCUCACCGUGACUUGGGAAUUUUCGCGGCUGGAUUUGCCAGACUGAGAUGCCGCAAAGCUGUUGGCUCGCUCGACUUGCCCUGCACGGAGGCGUCGGACCGAGUCGAGGCAGGAAUCCUAGCCUGGCUUCCUAUCUCCCGUGACGGCUCGUGCCGGACAGAACUCUGUUGGAGGACUUCGUUGGAGACGGCAACAGGCCAUUUCUUGCGUCCCGGUAAGAGGUUUGCGCCGUCGGGAGAGAUGGUCCUCAACGCGAUGUUGGUGAUCCUGACGGACCUGGCCGCCCGGCUGCUGGGAAACACUUUGUUCCGUCGACACUUCCACCUCGCACUGUCUGCCGCAGUCACGUUCGGCCCGGUGCUGAGUUUCUGGGUGUCCCGGCACAGCGUCUUCGCCAAGAGAAGCCACUUCCUUUACAGGAUGUUUUUGAAGUCUGGCUGGGGAUGGACGUGCGUCUUUGUCGGCGCCUUUGUCUUCCUUUUGUCCUUCUCCUCCCGCCGUUCCCUCUCGCUGUCACUCCGUCAUCUCUCCCGGCUCGCAGCGGCCGGUGGACUUUGGUUCGUCUUCUGCAAACUUCUCGACGCGCUGGAAAAUGCGACGGGCAGCUGCUACGAGCAUCUUCCGGGCAGCUCGGAAACCGGCGACGAUCCGCUUCCUCUCUUGGUGUUGCGAGAAGGGGCGAGCAAGGCGGAAUGCCUCAAAGCCGGCAUGCUGUGGAGAGGAUAUGAGGUUUCCCAGGACGUCUUCCUCCUGUGUCUCUGUUGCCUCCUGCUCGCCGAAGAAACGGCGGUGUUUGGCCCUUACCUGUGCCGGGGUGGGGUUUCCGACGGCCCGCUGAGGAUCCUCUUCCUGUUCUGCGUUCUCCUGCUCAGCCUGUGGCUCUUCCUGCUCGUCUGUCUGCUCGCCUACUUCCCCCAGUUCCCCACUCAGCUCUUAGGAGGGGCUCUGGGUUGUCUGAGUUGGAGGGGAUUGUAUCAGGGGUGGUACUGCCAGGGUCCCUGCUGGUACUGCCCUGGGAGACCUGGACUCGGUUUGUUGCAAAACUAAGACCGCCUCGGAACACGGAGAUCCCGAGUCAGGGCGCAAGUGGAAACUCGAGUGAUGGAAGGAUUGUGGGCUCCUACCCCUGGGGGUGACCGCGGAAGAAAAACGGGAUGUGAAAACUGGUGAGACUGCCACGCCGAAAAUGUGAGUGGUGUUUGCUGAGUAUGUUUGAAAUCACAUUUGAGACACUGCCUCAAUGACUUGCUGGGACGCACAGUAUUUUGUCCAGCAGCUCAAAAUCCACACUUUGAGACAAAACGAGUUGUUCAGACCAAGCAACGAAAAUCGGAUUAGCGAUGCAAACAUCUGUUGAGUCUCUGUCGCUAUCAAGAGAAUUUCAACGAUUGGGAUGAUUCAUUGACGUGAGCCGUCAUUGUCGUCCUUCCCUGAUUUUAUCGGACAAUUUUGGGGGAAAACCCCCAAAACAAAAACAUCUGUUGCUCUACUUUUCACGGGUGCUGAUCAUUUCUCUCAUAUUCUACAAGACUCUCAUCAAGUCUGACUUUGAAACAUUUGGUUUAUGUGUGUGAGAAUGUUGAACAAAAGAGGAAAGCGUACUAUAGCUGAUGUUCAUUAAACAAUAACUUUUCACGCAUCCCA